AAUGGCUGAUUUUCUACUGAUCAGAAGAGGAAGUAUGCAGCGGAGCUUGUUUUGAAGGUUGAAAACUGGACAGGUUAGCUAACAGAGUUAUGAUCCUCAGACCUCAAAGUUCUGUCAGCUUCAUCUGAACUUCCAUCCACAUCUUCAGUAAUGUCUGCUUUGACCAGCUAUGCGGUGCGCAUGGCGAGGCUGAGCUCCAGGAUCUUUGGAGAAGUCGUACGUCCGACUGACACCAAAUCAAUGAAGGUGGUCCAGCUGUUCCAGGAGCCGCCACUGGCCAGAAGGAAGGAGGUGUACGAAUGGUAUCCUCAUCACAAGGUUUACUACGCCAUGACCCAGAAGCUCAGGUUCAUGGGAUUGUUCAGAGAUGAGCAUGAGGACUUCAAAGAGGAGAUGCGGCGCCUGAGGAAGCUUAGAGGAAAAGGGACACCGAAGAAAGGAGAAGGAAAGAGGGCGGGAAAGAAAAAAUAAACUGUCCUGAAGCUUCUGGCAGGAAACGAGCCUUUUUUCUCUCUAAGUUCUCCUCCUUCCUCCCACAGUCCAAACUCCACCGCUAGCUUGAUUGGCUUCUCUAGUUUAUCCUUGGGGGGGGGGUGUCUCUGUGUCACCCGUCCAGGGUGUAACCCCGCCCCUCGCCCACAGACUGCUGGGACCCGCCCCACCCUGAUGGGGGGGGAUGUUUUUUCCCUUUUUGAAUUUAAAGUCUUCACUUAUGGAUUUAAUGAUAAAUAGAAAUAAAUGAGCUUUGACACGUUUUAUGCAGACUGUUCAAAGAUUCCUGGAAAAAAAGCUAAAAAUUCAAGGCGUGUGACGUCGCCCGGUCAGCGGAGCAGGACCCCACCCUGGAGCCCAGCCUGGUGGUCGUGCUCCUCCUCUAAAGGAGUGACGCCAUCCCCCGGUGGGCCCACCACCUGCAGGAGGAACCAUGAUGGACGGUGUGAGGAGGACAGUCAGAGGAGGAGGUGCUUAUUUAAAAAUAAAUGACUUAUUGAAGGAGAACUGCUUCAUUAUGGAUAAAACCACUGAAUGAAACAUAAAUCUAUGAUCGGAAUAAAACCGCUGCCAAUGUUCCGCAGUUUAACAAAGUCUUUGAGAAGAAAAAAAUGAA